AUGCAGGCUCCAUCGACAUCGGACUGUGUGGCUACCUUCAAGCUCAUCUUGGUGGGCGACGGUGGUACGGGGAAGACGACGUUUGUGAAGCGGCACUUGACGGGGGAGUUUGAGAAGCGGUACGUUGCGACCGUGGGCGUGGAUGUGCACCCGCUGACCUUCCACACCAACCGCGGCAAGAUCUGCUUCAACUGCUGGGACACGGCCGGACAGGAGAAGUUUGGGGGGCUGCGGGAUGGGUACUACAUUGAGGGGCAGUGCGCGAUCAUCAUGUUCGACGUGACAAGUCGCAACACAUACAAAAAUGUGCCCAACUGGCACCGCGACAUCACGCGAGUGUGCGACAACAUUCCCAUCGUGCUGGUAGGCAACAAAGUAGACUGUGCGGACCGGCAGGUGAAGGCGAAGAUGAUCACGUUCCACCGCAAGAAAGGAUUGCAGUACUACGACAUCUCCGCCAAGUCGAACUACAACUUUGAGAAGCCGUUCCUGUGGCUGGCGAAGAAGCUGGCGAACGACCCCAACCUGACGCUCGUGGAGGCACCGAUGCUUGACCCCAACGUGCAGCCACUCUCGGCAGAGCAGCUCCAGGCUCUGCAGGAGGAGGCGCGUGCGGUCGAAAACGCGCCGUUGCCAAUGGGCGACGACGAGUAA